AUGGUCAGUAGUUUAGAGGGUACCUACAUAAAUAUUAAAAGGUUUAUUUGUCAUUAUUCUAAUAGUUUUUAUUUUUUAAAAAGUGGAUCCAUAUAUUACAAUGGUAACGGUCGGUUGAUAAAUUAUGACAAUGUUAUUAUUAAAGAGAAAGAAAUAUGUAAAAAUAAAAAAAGGAAAACCUCAACAUGUUAUAAUAAUAAUAAUAAUAAUAAAAAUGAUGAUGAUAAAGUAUCAUGUGAGAAUGAUAUAAAUGAAGAUAUUAUAAUUCAUCACAAUGUAUGUAAUAAUUACAAUAUGCUACAUAAUAUUGAAGAUAAACAUUUGAAGAAUCAAUAUAUUCAACAAAAAAUGUAUGAACUUAUAAAAGAAAAUGGUUGUGAAAAGGAUAAAAUUAUGAUGAUAUUAGAUUUUAUAUGUAAUGAUAAAUUUAAAAAUAAGAAUGAUUUUCUUUUUUUCUCAAGACAUUUAUUAAUGUUAUGUGAAUUAUAUAAAGAUAUUAUUAUAAUAAAUGAAAACAUAUAUAAUAAUUCACAUAUAAUAAAUUAUAUUAAAGAAUGUAUCCAUUUUGUCAUUAUAUCAAAAAAGUACUCUUCUUUAAAUUCUUUAUUCAAAUAUUUUAAUCUUUUAUGCAUUUUUCAUAUUAACGAUAUUAGAUUAAUACAAAAAAUAUUUUAUCUCAUAUUAUGUAACAAACAUUUUAAUGAUAUAAAAGAAAAGGUUAUUUAUUCUUAUUAUAUAAUACAAUAUUUAUAUAAUAACCAUAUUUUUAAUGAAUUCAUAUCUAAUUUAUUAACCAAUAAACUAUUGUUAAGAAUUCAUUUCGUACGAUUUUUACAAGCACAAAAUGACAUCAAAAAUAAUUUUUUAAUCUUUCUAUAUUAUAUAAUACAUUCUUUAAAUAAUAACACAAGCAAAGAUAUUAUAAUUCAAAUUUAUGUUACAUAUUAUAAUAAUAUGCUACAAAAAAAUAUACAGUCAUUCAAAAAUAUAGUUAACUUAAAUUUAAUAAACCAGUUACAUUAUAUUUUAUUAAUAUCACAAUAUUAUGAUUCAAAUUUGAAUAUGCUUAUUAAAAAAAAUAUACAAACAUAUUUACCUUUCUUAAAUAUAUAUGAAAUUAUCUUAGCAUGUACCAAUCUUUUGUUGAAUUUUACCAAAAAUAAUAAAAUUCUUUUACAUAUACCAUAUGAUGAGAUUAGAAAAGGUAAAAAGGAACUUAUGGAAUCAAAAACAAAUAACAACAAUAAUAAUAAUAUUAUUAUUAAUAAUAGUAAUAUUAGUAAUAGUAAUAUUUGUAAUAUUAGUAUUUGUAGUAAUAGCGAGAAUGGUAAGACUACACAUUUUAAAAAUUAUUAUCACAAUUUUUUGUCCAUGAAAUAUUUAUGUGAUUCUAUUAUUAGAACUUCUGAUAAUUAUAUCUCUUCUUUUAAAUAUACUCAUAAUAAUGAAUACAUCUAUAUGUUUCUUGUCCUGUCAUCAUACUGCCAUUUUACCCUAUAUUCAAAUUGGUGGGCUGACACUUCUAUAUAUUUCAAAUUAAAAAAAAAAAAAAAAAAAAAAAAAAAAGUUUUAAGAAGUAGAUUACCUUAUAUUUUUCAUCUACAAGAAAAAAUAGCUCAUAUUUUGGACCUUAUAUUGUAUAAUUCUUCUUAUAGUAAUGAAUCCUAUAUACAAACUAUGGGAUACCAAAGGGACUACCUUAAUAACGAAAAAUGUAUUGGACAAAAUCAAAAAUACGAUCAACUGAAUGAAGAUAACCCAGAAGAAAAUAAUAUAUUGUCAAAAUGUAAUAAUAAGAAGAAUAGAAACAUUCAAAAUAAUGUUGAAUAUAACCAUACUUGUAGUACAACAGAAGAAAAAAAUUAUGAGAAUAGUUUAAUUAAAUGUAAAGCAAACAUUAUAGAUAUCAAAUAUGUAACCUACAUAUUCAAAUCUUUUUUAAGAAUCUCUUUAUUUAAUCCAGGACACGUAAAAAAUAAAAAAAAUUUUAUUCUAUUACUUGAGAACUCUUUCACAAAUUAUGUCAACAGAUAUAUAUAUAAUUAUCAACAUGAAGAUCAAAAUUUUAAUGAAAUAAAUAAUAAGAAUCAUUUAAUAAAAAGAAAAGAAACAGAUGAAAUACAUAGAAGCUCUAAUAAUAAUGUAUGCAUAGAUAAUCAAAACAUAAAUGUAACACAUAAUAUGUAUGAUGAUAAAAAUAAUAAUCUUUUGUAUAAGGAACCUUUUCAUUUUAAUAUUUAUGAUAAUGAUUUAAGUUUAUAUGAAAUAAGUUCCAUAUGUGAAUGCUUUUUUCUUGUCGAACAUAUAAACAGCCAACAUUUUCAAAAUGUAAACAACAUAAAAGUAGUAAAGAAAAAGAAAAAUAUACAAAAUAAUAAUGCUCUUGUUGUAGAAAAAGAAAAAUAUGUAAUAUUCAAUAGUGAUGAUAUAUUUGAAAAAACUUUAUAUAUCUUUUUAGAUAAAAUGAAUAGAUUCCUUUGUAAUAAAAAACUAAAUCUUACUACAUCUAAUGAGAAUUAUAUAAAAAAUGUAUUAUUAGAAAAAUUUUUAAAUCAAGGAGAUAUAUUUUUUAAUUAUUAUUUAUUAUUAAGAUUGCUAUUACCUUUAUUAUUUAGUACAUCUCAUGAUCAUUAUAUAUUAUUAACUAAGAAACUCAUCAUCCAUAUAUUAUUUUUAAUAUUUCACAAACAAAUGAAACAACAAAUAGACGAAGGUAUAAAGAACAAUAUUUUACAUAUUACAAAUGUAAUCAAUAAUUAUAUGAACUGGGAAAAUUCAUUUAUAUAUAUAAAUAAUCAAAGGAGGAUAAGGAAACAAACCAAAACGAAAAUGAAUAUAUUAGAUUUUAUAUAUACAGGUGAAUUCAUUAGGCCUUCAUUCCUACUUAUUCUGCUUAUAAAUGAAUUAAAGAAAUAUGAUGAUAUGUUUGACCAAUUUAUACAAAAUAUUUUUAAAAAUGAUCCUAACAUAAAAGAAAAUAAGAAAGAUCUUACAAAUUAUAUAGACAAAAUGUACAAAAAAAUGGAUGCGCUUGUUAUUGAAAAGGAAAAUGAAGCUUAUUAUAAUCAAGAAAAUAAUUAA